GAAGACGGACCUUUGAUUCGAAUUUGGGAAAUAUCUUUCUUCGCUACUUAAACUGUUCGUGAAAUUCUUGUUUUUAUGGAAGUCGCUUGAAAGUCAAGUUCCUUCUGCAAAUAUCACAGUUAAGGUUCAUCUGGUUUUGGCUCUAGGGUUUCAUUUGACCCCUUUUUUGUUCCUUUAGUGUUACCCAAUGGAGCCCGUUGCUUCUGUCGUUGAUACAAUUAAGGGGUUCGCGAAAUCGUCCGAAGAGUUCUUCCAGGUCGUGAUUCACAGAUGGGAUAAUUCGGCUCGUCACAAUCCGAUUGAGAUUUUGAAACGGUUGCAACGAGAAGCAUUUUCUGAUCUGAUGAAACUGAGGGACAGACAGGACAAGGUUGAGAGAAUGCUUUCCUUCUAUAAAUCUUCCAAGGGAAAUCCGUUUCAGGAAGCCAGUACCCAUCUAAAAGGAGAGGUAGAUGUUGUCGGCGCAUUGCUGCUUGUGGACAAUAUUAACCGACAGACCUGUGACAUUGUUGAUAGAGCAGGAGUUAGGACUGGAACUGAUUCAAGGUUCAUUUUCGAAGCAACUAUUCGCCAGAAAGAUUCUCUUGUAACAGAGUUUAUGGCUAGUCAGAGAGGCCAGGGCUAUAAUGGUGGCAUCUUAGGAAGUAUGCUUUCUUUGACAAAAGUGAUGUAUACAGCUAAUGUUAGUGACUGGUGUUCCGCAGUCUUAGUUCCAGUGGGGGCCCGAUGCAGGGAUGUUGAAAUUGCUUCAAAUCUUUUUCAGCAGGGGCGAAGCCUUACUGAUUUCUCUUUGGGACCACCUCUUUUGAAUCAAUAUUAUGAUGCUGCCGCUGCAAUAUUGGUUAGAAGAUCAAAGGUUGCUGCUUGUUUGGCGGAGUUUGUUUCUGGAUUGGGAAUGCAACCAGAUUCUACAGGAAUUAGACAUUGCUUGAGCACUUUUGGGCAAGUAAUCUGUCAGCUUUCAAAAGGAACAAAGCUCACCCUAUUGGGCAUUCACAAAAUGCCCAAAUCACUAAGUCAGCAGAUUGGUUUAGGUUUCCUUACUGUGCCAGUGGGUAAUUUAAGAUGCCAUAAGCAUCUUGAUAUGCCUACUGAAGCAUCUCUUCCAUCUGUUCCCUGCAGCAUAGAGGACAAUGUAGCUACUGGAUCCAUUGCUUUGAUGCUUGAGUCGGAUCUUGAUGAGAGCAGUAGAAUCAGAGGAUGGGUUGAAAUGCAGAAAUCAAACCCAAGAUAUUUACAAUGGGCUGUUGCCCUGUCUGAUAUCCCUGAAGAUGAGCUAGGAUGGGGUUUGAGCUUGGGAGGGUUGUUCCGAGGCUCAUCAGCUUGGGAUCAUUUCCAGGUGGAAGCUUUCUUGAAAUUCAAUUCAGGAAAGAGAUUCAGCUUUCAGCCGGGUUUCAUGUAUGUUAUGGAUGGGACAAACAGAGUUCCCGCUCUUAUGUUUCGCUCAAGUUGGUCUCUGUGAUACAAACUGAAACACCAGGGCUCCUAGUUACUACUGGAAGUGCAUGAAAUUCCUGUUUAAUCAAUGAUGAACGGGGCAUUCUUCAUAGCGUGUGAAUCUUCUGCCCAUUUUAUCUUUUACAACCCGUAAAAUUAGGUUGAUGGUUUUGUAUUUUGUCAGAUCUUCACCAUAACAUGGCUGAUGUCAGGAGAGGAGAAUACUGUUAAAAUUGGUUAAUGAAAAAGGAGAACACUGUUGAAAUUGGUUGAAAGAAAGGAACAGAAAACAGUUGGGUAAUGAAAGAAAGUAGAGA